GUCACUAGUGUAGCUCUUUGCUUGUGCCAGGAGCAAAUGCUUUAUAUGUCACACCUGGGUGACCCUCAAGGCCACCCUAUCAUGUGAAUCCUGUUCUUAUACCUAUUUGACAAAAGAGGAAACUGAGGCACAGGGAGGUGAAAUCAGUUGCCUUUAAGCAUUUAGGAAAGGUUUGUUGGAGGGAAUGAGUGAUGGAAACCACUGGAAUGAUCCCCAACAGGGUGAUGGGUAAAUAAAACAGGGAAUUCUAAGUUCAGGUAGCUGUAUAAACAGUUGCCAUAGAGAAGCUUUUAAGGAAGGCAUGGAUUCACGUUUGCAAGAGUCUAGUGCUCGGUGUGGUGUUUUGUGGGGUUGGGCUUGUGGAGAAGGUGGAGUAGACUUGGCUGCUGGCCAGCUUCCACAGACGUUGCCCUUGGAGGUGCUGCCUUCUCUUCUAGCGGUCCCCUGCGUUGUGGCAGAAUGGAGUGGCUGGAGUCGCUGUGUCAAGCCCUGCCAGGUCUCCUAUCGUGUCCGCCAGAGGCAUGUGCUGCAGGAGCCAAAGAACGGGGGCGCCCCCUGUCCCCCACUGGAAGAGCGGGCUGGCUGCGUGGAGUACUGGAGCCACCAGGGAGUGGAGUGCCAACAGUCCUUGUUCCCUGCUCUGAUAACCACAGGCAACUAUGGCAAAGAGAGGGAAAAGCGAGGUGCCCCCAAGGAUCAGGAGACAGUAGGGUACUGUGUCCAGUUCCGGCUGGGGCCCAUUCUACGGAGCUGCCAGCAGGUGAAGGCACCCCAUGCCCAGUGGAUGAGGUAUCUGACCCAGGGCCACACGGUUUGUGUGAAGUGUGAGUGGCCUGCCCAGGAUGCCAGGAGCCGGCGCUGCUACGGGGAUGGCGGUGGGGCCAGAGGGCACCAGCUGUUGCUGUGGCAAGCGGCCGGCCACCCCCGGUGCCGAGGGACCUGGGAGAGGCUCGGGCAGCUCCGGGACUGUUCCUGCCCCGAGGUCCACAGGCUCGUCUUCAUCUAGCCACAGCUGCCCCUUAUCUUCCCAGGGCCCCUCUUCCCAAAGCCUCCCUGGGUGGUAGGGAAACCCCCCAGGCUUGGGAGCCCACAGAAUGAGGGAGCAGGGAGAUAUCUGCAAAUUUGAGACUGAAGGAACAAGCCUUGUCCUUAUGCUGACACUGAAAAUAGCUUUAUAUUUCCACUGGGUGCCAGCUGAGUCACAGCCCUACUGCCCUCUCCCUCUAGGUCAGGGCUUCCCAAAUUUCAUCUCCUAAACACACCCCUAUGUUUUGCCCUGUUUUCCUUGCUUGUACCCUUUUUUUGGACUCUCCACCCCCACCUUUUUUUACUUAAAUAAAUUUAUUUUAAAAGGAAA